UUUUCACCUUGCUGAGUCACCGUCCACGUGUGUGCUCUCUUAUUAACGCCCACCAAAGUCAUCACCGCCAUCGCUCUCCUAAACUAAACCAUUCGCCAUGUCGGAGGAAGGGAAGAUAACCAAGGAGUACUUGCUGGAUCACCUGGACGGGAACGAGAUGGACCUGGGCAUGACCAACCUUUCCAAAGUCCCCGUGCGGGAGCUACAGGCGCAGAUACAUCGGAUGGCUAAAUUGGACUUGUCCCGAAACCAUCUAGCAGCCCUCCCAGAUAACUUUUCACUUCUGAAGAAUGUUCUAGAGCUAGACCUCAGCAAGAACCAGCUAACGCAGCUUCCUGACAGCUUCGGUGAGCUGGCGCAACUCCAGAAAUUGGACCUCUACGGUAACAAACUCGCCGACCUUCCGUUGAGCUUUGCUGGACUCGAACGCCUGCGCUGGCUGGACUUAAAGAACAACCCUCUCAGUAAAGAGCUGGCCAAGGUCGCCGGGACCUGUGUGAAUGAGGCAGAGUGCAAGGAGUGUGCCAGAAAUGUGAUAGCGUACAUGGGGAACGCCGCAGCAGAGGCCGAGAAGAAGAGGAAGAAAAAUCAGGAGAGGAAACAAGCGAGGGAGAGGAAGAAGAGAGAGGAAGAGGAGAGGAAGAAGGAGGAGGCGAGGAGAGAGAAGCAGGAGUUGAAACGACGUCGCAGGGAGGAGAGGGAGAGGGAGUUGCAGGCAGCCAGGGAGGCCGAGGAGAAGGAGGAGGAGGAGGAUGUGACGAGACUGCGACCGCUACAAGCGAAGACGAUGAACAGAAACCGGUGGAAGUCAAGAGAUCUAGCUGUAUAGCCUGCUGCUGCUAUCUAUUGAGACUCCUGCUGGUGCUCAUCACGAUCCUGAUAGUGCUGUCUGUGUGUUUCUCAGUCUACUGUGACUCUCUACUGGAGCCUGCUCUGUGUGCUGAGCUCUACCUCAACAUCUCCACCGCCACCCAGCACGCCCUCGAACUAGCCAAGGAGCUGACUGGGUCCUCUGCACCAGUCAAAUGACACGAUCCACCAUUUUGCGAUAGAAAGUAGAUGCUGUUAGAAUGAAAAAGCACUAAAGUGCAAACCUUCGUCUUAGUCGGCUAAUAUAUUUUUAUUGUGUGUGUGUGUAGCUAAUUGUACUGUAGUAUCGUUUAUGAUGUUUAUGUGAAACAAACCUGA